AUGGCCACCAAGGUAGAAUCGGUCUACAAAUUGCUCUGUUCCUGCAACCAAUACCCAUGGGGGAAGACGGGCUCCGAGUCUAUCUCCGCCAGACUCUGUCAGAACCAGCAGGGCUGGGAUGGCGAUGGUCCCGGCACCAAGUUCAAGAUCGACGAAAGCAAGCCAUACGCUGAGAUGUGGAUGGGCACGUAUCCCGUGCUGCCCUCCUACGUAGAGGAUAGCGGCGAAGAUCUCCAGGACGUUCUCGAUCGAUAUCCGAAGGACCUCAUCGGCGAGGAGACCAUCAAGAAAUUCGGCCACUCCAAACUGCCCUACCUACCCAAGGUCCUCUCGAUAGCAAAAGCACUGCCUCUCCAACUUCAUCCGGACAAGGAGCGUUCGGCAAAGCUCCACCAACAGAAGCCCGAUGCUUUCACGGACCCAAACCACAAGCCCGAGAUUGCCCUUGCCCUGAGUAAGUUCGAGGCUUUCUGCGGCUUCAAUCCACUUGCCGACAUCGCCGAGCUGCUUAAGCUUGAGCCGCUGCAGCGUUUUGUACAACAGAAACAGCUCAGCGACUUCAGCAACGAGCAGCUCAGAGCUGUCGUACGCGAGAUGCUGCUUGCGGAGCAAGACACCGUUCGGGAUGUAUAUAAUGGAUUGACCAAACUGCCCGAGUCGAAGUUUGGCAAAUACAACCACAUCCCGAAGCUCGCGCCAAGGCUAGCAGAUCAGUAUGGCGAGACCGACCCUGGAAUUCUGGUAGCUCUUGUUACUAUGAACUACCUGGUUCUACAACCCGGGGAUAGUAUCUACAUCCCAGCCGAUGGCAUCCAUGCCUACCUCGCAGGCGACAUUAUCGAGUGCAUGGCCCGUAGCAACAAUGUUCUCAACACCGGCUUUUGUCCACGAGCAGACCGGAGCAACAUCGACCUCUUCGUCGAAUGUCUUACUUUUACGCCUCACUCUGCUGAAGAGUGCAUGCUGAAGCCGAAGCUUUACGAACGCGGAAAGAAUGGCAAGACGCAGAUCUACGCACCGCCGAUGAGUGAAUUUGACAUGCUGCAGACAGAACUCGGACCAGGGGAUCAGGAGACGUUGGGUGCUGCUGGUGGACCUAGCAUUCUGUUAGCGACAAGAGGCAGUGGAACACUGCUGGCCGGCGGCAAGAGUUACCCCCUUCACGAAGGUGCGGUGUACUUUAUUGCCCACGGAGUCGAUCUCGAGGUGGACAGCAAAGACGGGCUCCUUCUGCACACUGCGAUAGUGGAGGGCAGCACGAAAUGA